AUGCUCAUGUUGGUUGUUCUCCAUCAUCUGACCACCAGCAUAGAUGAAAAAGCACCUUCUACGCAAAGAUGGUUGGGGCGCGCCAGCACUACUUACCCGCCCGGGCUGGGUCGUCAGUCGCUUGCUUCUCUCGGGAGCCAGCCGGCACCCGCCCGGAAACGACUAGGCCGGAUGGGUCGGAGACGCUCCGUAGGAGAGAAGCCAUGGGCCAGGACGAUUACAAGGACCGGCGCAAAUACGGAAACGCCCGCCGAGUGGGGCGAGUCAAGGAGAGACGAUGGGCGUAGGGGUUGCCGCGGUUGUGGAAGGGCGUAG